GUUAGAACGAGACUUCCUUUGCCUAAGCUGAAAAUUCUGACCAAUCAGAAAACGCCUGAGUGGCAACUUCUUGUUGCAGACAUUUACACGUGAAGAUGAAGGCUGCACUGUUCAUAGCAUUUGCCUGCCUCGUGGCACUAUCCAGUGCCCAGGAUGGGGCUAAACUCUUGGCCUCCAAGACUCUCUUGAACCAAUGGUUGGUGGAAGGCAGGGACAUGACUGUGCUCUAUACCAUCUACAAUGUUGGAAGCAGUGCUGCAUCCCAGGUUGUCCUCAACGACGAGUCCUUUGCCGAGAGUGAUUUCGCCGUGGUCAGCGGUCAGCUGAAGGUCCAGUGGGAUCGCAUCUCACCGGCCAGCAACGUGACCCACGCAGUCAUCCUCCAGCCUCUCAAGAACGGCUUUUACAACGUCACACACGCCACCGUCACCUAUGUCCCAUCAGAAGGAUCAGAAGCUAGGACUGCUUAUACAAGUGCUCCAGGAAAAGCCGGUGUUGUAGCAGUAAAAGAUUAUGAUAGGAGAUUCUCCCCACAUUAUAUGGAUUGGGCUGCAUUUGCAGUUAUGACCAUCGCUCCCAUCGGCAUUCCAUUCCUCCUCUGGUUCAGAAGCAAGUCAAAAUAUGAGGCUCUUUCAUUCAAGACCAAGAAACAUUGAUGUAUCUUAAACCUUAUCCCAAAGUUAAAUCCUUUAUUUAAUUUGGAAAAAAAUCACUACCACAAAAUCAGGAUGAUGCUUUAUGGAUAGAAUUCUUCCCUGUCUAACAAAUGAUGUAUGCAGUAUUUCAGAGGGCCCAAUUUUGUCUUUUUAAGUUUGUCUUGUUGGACUUGUUACAUGUUAAGAUCAGAUCCUGGUUUUGUGGUAGUGAUAUUGAUAUGCUCCUUGAAGAAAUUUAAAUUGAAGAAAAACAAUGGAUCAGUCACUGAUUGUGAAUUUUAAAAAAAAUACAUGUUUAACCAUGGCUUUGUCAUGUCAUAUAUACAUUCCAUAGGUAAAUACUGAUGUGUUGAGAAAUUACAAUCAUUGAUUGAUCCCUUUUUUGAUAGCUUUAUCUUGAGAAAUAGUGAAACAGUCCUUUGAUUAGAUUCAGUUGUGAAUGCAUGCAAUCUUGAUCCCAUACCAACAAGUAAUACAUUAGAUUGGUACGAAACAUUACUGUAAAGAUGGUUGUUAUUCUUUAGACAAUGAUAGAGAAAUACAUGAAAAAACAAACUAUAUCAACAAGAAAUAUGAAUUAUAAUAUUGGAGUUCAUUCUUUCAGGCUCAUCUUAAAAAAAAUUGAUUUAAUUUGAAUGUUAAUCAUGCUUUUCUUCAAAGAAAUUUUGUUAAAAAGCUGCAAAUAGUAAACUGUGGGUUUUAUAACAUGUUGAUUCAUCUGGUUUUCUCUUCAAUUUCAUUUUAUUACAUAGGUGCAGUAUUCUUACUUCUUUUUUGUGUAGACGUUAGUAGAGGUCACAACUUUAAUUUUUUUUUCUUCUCUUCUUUCUUGUCAGUCAAUUGUUUAGGUUAUUGUAAGGUUUCAUGCCUUUAUUCAUAUUCUGGUAUGUGUCUGUGCAAAUUCAGAACGAUGCAAUAAAAGAACUGAUCAGCAAAUAGGCAUAUGCUGUCUUGUUCUUGACAAAAAAAGACAUACUGUACAUGUAUGUUUUCAAUUUCUUGUCUAUUUUCUAUGGGUAUUUUGGGGUUUAGGUUUUUAUAGACUUUUUGAUCAGUCAAUAUAAUAUUAGUAAGAUGUGUGUCACAUUUCAUAUGUACUCCUCAUUUUUUCCCUCUUGCCUUGCAUAUAUUGGUACAUUUUCAAAUUUGAUAGCAAAUGGUCAUAGUAUUAUUAACACGAGAUGCAUCGGUUUGUGUUGGCCUAUAAUGAUACAGUUUAGUUUAUGUGAGAAAAUAGUGUUCUAGACUUGACAUUCAAGAGGUAGGAAAUUACACAUAUAAUGGCCCAUUUUGUCUUGCAGCCAGCCAUAAACAUAUAAAGAGUAAGAUAUUAUAUAGGUAGGGUAAUUAGACCAAGUUGGGGUGGGGGAGGGGUCUUUUUGUUCAAAGUCUAUGUUUGCUGAUGUCAAUGUCAAUCUCGGUCUUGGAGAAAAUAUUUUGUGAAUUUAUAAAAGAAACAAAACACUUUUAAACUUCCUUUAAAA